UAAUUUCUCAAAAGGAUGAAAAGAAAUCUCCAGUGUCCGAAGGAUUCCCUGAAAUGGCUCCUGUUUUGGAUCUUGUCCUUGAACUUGGUUGUUUUGAUUAGUUUCAGAAUGAACUGGAUGAAACAGGAUCGCCAAGAGGCUAGUGUAACACCAACACCCGCACCAAGAUCAAUUAAUUCCUCGACCUCGGCUGCGUCGAGCAGAGUAAAACUCCUGGUCGAUCUGUGGAGCAGAGAUCUGCAGUCGAGAGUGAGCGGUGCAACUCCUCCCGAGGUGACGAUCAAUGCACCGCACAUCCAGGAUUGCAAGCGAUGCAGCGAGGAGACUGCAGCGUUUGAUCGCAGGAAGGAUCCAUCCUGGAAGGGAUUUUACCAGCAAAAAGAGGAGCUUGACAGGAAUCCAGAGACAAGCAUCAGCACCGUUCCAUGGGUCAUUAGCGGUGAUGACGAUAAUCUCCCGUUAACGCGACGCGUCCAGCGUGAUAUUUGGUUGCACCAACACCCGAAAAACUGUACCGAUGCGAGAUUUCUUCUCGCACUUUGGCACCACGACGAGACGCGCGACUCGGUAGGAGCUGGAUCCGACAUGGUGUCAAUGGCCGGAAUGCUUGGAGCUGCGCUAAUACAAGGCCGGGUUUUCAUUACCAAGGAUUACCACGGUGCCAGGCACAAAGGAUGCACAGGAUCCAAUCACGCUCGCUGGUCGUGCUAUUUUGUUCCCGAGGCUUCUGAGGAGUGCAUGGAAAGGGCAUUGCGGCUUAUUGACCAAAAACAGGCCUGGGACGAGGGAAUUAUCAAAGAGUUUAGUGGCGAUCAAUGGAAUGGUGAUAUUCCAAGUUUUUGGGGAGAGCCUUGGAAAGCAAUGCGACCAACUGUGGGCGUAAAAGACAAGCUCAUGACAAAUUACCACGCAAAUCAUCGAAGGUGGUGGAGAGCUCAGGCACUUCGCUAUCUCACACGAUUUCCAAGUGAGUAUCUGUGCAAUCUUUUAAACAAUGAACGACAUAGGGCCUUUGGGGAAGAAGUUGCAAAACUGGUGCUUAAAACCCUUGGCACUGAAUGGCCGCAUGCAAGAAAUGAGAGUAAGCGUAAUCCCAGUAAUCCCAUGGAAGAACAUGUGUGGAGUGACUAUGGACCUUGGAUGCCGCGGCCUCUGUUAAGCAUUCAUGUAAGACAGGGUGACAAAGCCAGCGAGAUGAGAGUAGUCUCUUUUGACGAAUACAUGAAUCUCGCCAAUGUCCUCCGGAAGAGAUUCCCACACGUAAGAAAUGUGUGGCUUUCCACGGAAAUGCAGAACGUCGUGGAUGAAUCCAAGGAGUACAAAGGCUGGAAGUUUUAUUACAGUGAUGUUCCAAGGCAAGUUGGAACGAUCAGGAUGGCGGAGUAUAUGGCGUUGCUUGGAGACAAGCAAGCGUUCGACACGGCCUUUAUAAACUUGGUCAUGGCGGCCGAGUGUGAUUUCUUUGUGGGAGUGUUGGGCUCGACUUGGAGCUAUAUAAUUGACGACUUGAGGAUGACCAGCGGCAAACUUAAGGCUGGCUUCCUCAGUGUUAACUCUAUCAAUGGCCUACUUCGAAAAUAA